AUGCCGGUCGACUACAGCAAAUGGGAUGCCCUCGAGCUCUCCGACGACAGUGAUAUCGAGGUUCAUCCAAAUGUCGACAAGAAAUCCUUCAUCCGUGCGAAACAAAAUCAGAUCCACCAGCAGCGAAUCGAUCGCAAACACCGCAUCACAACUCUUGGCUACGAACGCAUCAUUAACGAUGGUCUCCUAUCACGGAUCGACAGACUGCUGAAGGCGUUGGAGAAUCACAGGUCAGAGAUCGAGGGCAAGAAAGGUGCUUCGGAUAUUGACGAGGUUGUGUUCGACUGCUUGAUGGACGUGACGAGCGAUGGAAGCUUAGGAUCCGACACACCCCCUACUCCACCAAAAGGCGUGCACGCGGGACAAGAGCAACCGAGCUACAGCAAGAUGAUGGGAGCGUUGGUGGAUCAGGUCCGAGGAGAGGUCGACAAGACAAAAGCCGAGGGACCUGCACGAUACACGGCUUUCAUUCGGGAGGUUGCAAAGCAUGACAAGAAGGUUCAGGACCUGCAAGUGAACCUGCUCGCGGAGGUGGCACGCUUGGAGAAAGAGGAGAGUGGGAAGAUCACUAGCGAGUCAAUACACGAGGGAUUCAACAGCUCACAUGUUGCGAAACAAGCUCCAGCACCAGCCGCUGUGAAAACCACAACACCGGAACUGCUCAACAAACCGACCGUGCAACAAAUUGGAGGUCCAGGCGCCGGUUACCAAGCAGACAUCGAGGAAGGAUCCGUCAAUCAAGCUCCUGGUGAAGACGACGACGAUCCUGUUGCGUCCGCGACAGCCAAGCAGUUUGGCAGGAUUGCAUACGGAGACUACAGAGCAUCACUGCAAUUUAUCAGUGCCCACCCAGAAAUUCUUGCCGAAAAAGAGACCGAUGGUCUUUUGGUGGAAGCUUUCAAUGCUCAAUCCAACGCCAAGGGUAAGAAGGACGAAGACUAUGCAAGGCAAUGUGUGCACCAGGCUUUGCUGCUGCAGUAUUGUCGACAAUUAGGCAAGGACGGAGUGGGCCUCUUCUUCCAACGUGUUCAAACUCAAAAUCACCAGGCUCGGAAGCUCUUCCUGGACGAUGUGAACUCAACAUACGCUCGCAUCCGCACCAGAACCGCGGAGCUCGCCAAGGAGGCCGAACAAGAAGGCGAGAAAGAACUCAUACAACUUCACGCGGUCGACCCUAACACCAAGAUCAACAUCGUAACGCCUCCGCCCAUGGACAAAUGUCAAGACGAUGACGAGAGGGCCAGUCGUGAAAUCUUCGAUACUUUCUCACCAGGUCUCCAGCGCGCAUUGGAGAGUGGAAGCUUAGACAAAGUCAAUGAGGUAUUGGCAAAGAUGAGCGUGGAUGAGGCAGAACAGAUCGUGGAGCAGCUGGGUAAUGGAGGCAUGUUGAGCUUGGAGGAAGGCGUCAUCGAUGCCACGACAGACGAGGGCAAGCGAACGGUGGAGGAGAUUGAGCGAAGUCAUCGUAUGCCCGGCGAAGCUACGGAGGCAACUCAACAAGGUGGACGGGUGGUGGAGGAGAUUGACGACCCGGGAAUGGACUAA